AUGCCUACCCAACUAUUUGAUUUAUAUGGAAUGCAAUUCCUCUUUAGGUUCAGUGUCGUUGGUGGAUGGGGGAUCCUUUUCUUCUUUAUUGUCGCUUUCCUGAGCAAUAACAGGCUUAGCGACAAGUAUUGGAACAUCCUUGCUACAGCGUUCGUCGCCGCGAACAUCGUUUGGGUUAUCGGAUUGGAAAUAACCGUACGGUCCAACCGGUCAGGCAAGUUUCUAUUUAGGGCUUACGUGAAGCAGUCCAAGAAAGGUAGUUUUGGAUCUAGACCUUUGAUUGCCUUGUUACACCGCGAGUUCAAGAGGCAGACCACGAACAGAAUUGCGUAUGUGCAGCAAUCCCCGUCAGCUACUCGUGAACCAGUGCCUCCAGACGGCCCAUCACAUCUUAACUGUACCACCUGCCAUACAACUCCGUCCAGUCUCGAAGAGAUGAGUAUCGUGUAUGCUCCCUUGAUAGGCGACGCAAUCCGUUUGCUUCAUAUCCAUCCGUCUUUAGACGAAACGUUGGGCUUGGAAGCUGACUUGGUACAUUUCCCACUCUUGUCUGCUCAGUUGAAGAACUACAAAGCCUUGUCUUACACUUGGGGGGCAGAGAAGGCUUCCGUAUACAUUGCCAUAAAUGGUGCGUCCAUGUCAAUUAGCCCAAACCUUGACAAGAUACUGCGGGAACUAAGGGCUCUAGAAUAUGAAUACGUAUGGGUUGAUGCUAUUUGUACAAACCAGCAAGACGACACAGAACGUAGUGCCCAGGUCAUCCGCAUGCGAGCCAUUUAUUCUGGAGCACAAUCAAUAAUUGUCGCUACCGAAACUGGAGCUACGAUCGCUGGAGACCGGAUCAUCCAAAUACUUGAUUCCGUUGAAACAGCAUCGUAUUCGACCAGCCCCGCUACCAGUUUUGCCGAUAUACUCAACGACGAACUGGCUCUGUCGGCGCUUGAAGCAUUCUUCAACGACCCUUACUGGAAAAGGAUAUGGAUCUUACAAGAGUUUGCGAUUGGAUACAACAUAGAAUUCCUCAUCGGUAAUCGUACGAUUGCGGCCACCAAGUUGCGGACAUUACUCGAGAAGCUGAACGAGCAAAGUUCAGUUAAGGAUCGGUGGAAGCAAGUGAACACUGUGUUCAAAAUCCGAAUGGAUUGGCAGCAAGAGGUUUCGCUGAAACUUUUACUACUUCUUGAGAUUACCCAGGGGUCAUUGUGUCGUGUCAGACAUGAUCGUAUCUUUGGCCUACUUGGACUUUCGGUCGACGCAUUGAAAUAUUUGCCCGAACCAAAUUAUAACAUCGACCCGAACACAAUAACAGUCGCAAUCGCACGCGCCUACAUCCAGAGAAACACGCUAGAGAUCAUCCUCUUAGCCCCGCAUUGCCCUCACACUGAUCUACCGACCUGGACUCCAAACCUGUUCCAUUUCGAUUCCUUCCCUCCUGAAAGCAGAUUAAUCCGCAUGAUAUCGAACAGCGACUCUAAAUCUCAGUGGCGAGCGACAAGUGAAGCGAAAUCGAAUAUAACCUUCCAAGGCCAGAGUUUGAUGACGCCUGCCGCUCGGAUUGGAUCCAUUCGCAGUCUUGGAACAACAUUUUCUGACCCUAUGGAAACAGGAUUCCCAGUCCACGACGCUACUUGGGCCCGAAAAAUAGGUUCUUCUCAUCUCUGUAGAGAGUUCUACGAAGUAAUGCUUGAAGAACUUUACACGCCGAACCCCAAACCUUGUUCUCUCGGGCUAUCUCACACUCGCAUGUGCACGGUACAUGGGCAUAGUUUUGUAAAAAGCUUCCUCCCGAGCCAUGGGUCACCGGAUCCAGAGAUGCUGCACGGUGAGUUGGUGAGAUGGAUUUGUGCGAACAGAGCCUUUUUCACUGGCGCACGCACACUGGCGGAGAGUGCGGCGCGACUUAGACACCCCUUCUUGAUGUAUGGCUGGAAUGCUUGGAAUAGGACUUACUGGAAUAACAAAUUUUGGGGAAAUGAAGCGUUUUGGGUUUGGAGAAGAAUGGGCAUGAUGGCAAGACUUGACAUGCGCUUGAUGUGCUUGGAUGGCAGCCCAAAGUACCAAAUCGGCUGGGCGGCGAAAGGAGCGCGACUGCAUGAUGAAGUUUUUCUCAUUCCUGGCUGUAGCAGUCCUGCUGUUCUACGCAAGCGGCCUGACGCAAAGUACGAGGUUGUAGGUGACGCUAUCGUCACAGGAGCUAUGCAAGGAGAGCUUUGGGAGAAGUUGCAUUCAGAACACGUUCAGAACAUCGAGAUUGUGUAG